AUGAAUCACACGAGAUGUGUGAAUCAAAUUGCUCUUGAGAAGGAAGUAUACAUAGAUGUUGAUGAAGAUAUUGAAACAUUCGAGCUACAUGAUUACAGUGAAUUUUUCACAAUUUCGACUGCAUUUGAUAGUAAAGAUGCACUAGUCGAGUGGGCGAUGAAUAUGGCCAUCAGUCAAGGACAUGAGAUUAGGCGACAGUCUUACCACGAGAGCCGACAAUAUUUGACUUGUAAAAGAGCCUAUAAGAGACGAGGAAAAAAUGCAGAGGUCAAAACAAGCCGGAAGUCCGGUUCAAUAAAGUGUAAAUGCCCUUUUGCGCUAUGGGGUAAAGAGGGUCGUGAUGGAUUAUGGCGCCUUACCAUCAAAGAUGGCAAUCACAAUCAUUUUCCUCAUCAAUAUCCACAAGGACUACGUUCGCUAAGUCGCCUGAGUGAAGAGCAACGAGAAGUGACAAAGAUACUGAAAAAGAGCCAUGUGAAGCCGAAGGAAAUUUUGCAUCAUCUGAGAGAGAUGAAUCCGGAUACGGCUGCGGCCUUGAGAAAUGUGUACAAUGAAUCACAGAGAAUUAGACGAGAGGAAAUAAAAGGAAAAACAGUUAUACAACAUCUGUGGCACAAACUAAUGCAAGACGUUAUGUUUGCGCACCCUGAUUCAUUAAAGCUUUUGCAGUUAUUUCCAUACGUCAUCCUGAUGGAUUGCACGUACAAGACUAACAGAAACGUUGAGGCAAACGCGUCAAAAUUCUUGGGUAACACCAAGUUGGGUGUACUGUUCCGGAGGACGGUGUGGGCAAAGUUAGUCGAAUCUGAGACUGAGGAAGAAUACGAAUGCAACUAUAGAGAGAUAGUUAGUUUGUACGGGCAAUAUCUGAAGUUGAUAACUUACAUCAAUGAAACGUGGUUGAUUUAUAAGGAGAGAUUUGUUAAGUGUUGGACCAACAACAUCGUUCAUUUCGGUAACAUGACGACUAACAGGGUAGAGAGUGCACAUCGUGCAUCGAAGCGUUGGAUCCAAACAUCGACUGGAGCUAUGGAUACAGUUCAAAAUGCACUAGAUGCGCAAGUUGACCUUCAAUUCAAAUUAAUGAAUUGA